CUCGGAAUGUGGAGGCGCAUCCCGAUCACUGGCCCCCAUGAUUCGGAAACACAAUGCAAGCCCCCUUACUUGGCUCACUCAUGUGAGGAGAAAUUCAUUAAAAGUCCAGGGCUACUUCAGAUGCUUCCCAAUAGCUCACUGACCUUACUCUGUUCACGUUUCGACAAUAUCUUGGACUACGUGAUACUAAUACCGCAAACAUGGGCCUUACACCAGUCCACUUCUUCUCGCACGGCUCGACCAUGAUGCUGGGCGAGGAGUCUGAGUCCGCCGACUACUGGCGCAAAUGCGGCGCCGAAGCUCUCGCGCGUGGAAUUAAAGGCGUCGUCAUUAUGGGCGCCCAUUGGGACUGCUCGCAUGACUCCCUAGAAGUAGCCACAAACCCAAACCCAGGCAAAUCACCAGUAGCCUACGUCAACCCGGAGAAAUACAUCAACUAUAAACUCACCCCAGACAUCCCCACGGCAAACCGGUGCAUCUCGCUCCUGCGCGCCGAUGGCUUUAGCGUAACCGGAAACGACAAGUUCGACUGGAUCCACGACGUCUACCUCAUCCUCAUCCACAUGUUCCCCAACGUCUCCCCACCAACAACAAUCAUCUCCAUGAACGCGCGAUACGACCCGCACUACCACGUGAAGAUCGGGAGCGCACUGCGCCCGCUCCGCAAGGAGAAUUACCUCCUCAUCGGCACGGGCGGGGCCGUGCACAACCUGUACCGGAACCGGUGGGCGCCGAUGCUGCGGUACCGAGAUAACUUUGCGAUGGAGACGCCGCCGGAGGACUGGGCGCUGGAAUUCCGGCAGGCGGUUGAGGAUGUGAUUACGAAAAAUCGGGGCGGGCCGCGGUUGAGGAGGGCGAUGACGAGGCUGAUGAAGCACCCACGCUUUAGGGAUGCGCAUGCGACGGAUGAUCAUUUCAUGGCGGCGUUGUUUGUUGCGGGGCUUGUUGGGGAUUGGGAGGAUGUCGGGACCAAGGGGGAGUUGGCGGUGGAGAGCUGGGAGUUGACGAAUAUGUGUAAUUCGCAGUUCACGUUUGGCGCGUGGGAGGGGGAUGCGCUCGGAAAGGGGCUUGUUGCGGCGAGCUAGGUUGUCUCAGAUUGUAUGGCUUGGAUUUUCUAUCCCAAUGUAGGUUAGAUCUUUGUAUCAGAUUGGAAUUCUAUUGAAGAUAGCAUCGGC